AUGCCUACCUCAAUGAAGUUUUCCCGUAUCAAUUACGAGGCAGUGGAAGAAGACAUAAAGCCCGGUCCACCAAAAAGAUUCAACUCUCGUUUCUGCGACGAAAAGCUGCUCCCGCCACUGGAGAGGCCAAACGAAAGACCUUACGGCAUGCAGAGAUGGUUGCCUGCUAUCCUUGAGAGCCGUGACAUUGACCCAUCUGUUAUCCAAUACGUCCGCCUGUCCCGACGGCAAGGACAUGUCCUCCUGGAAGCAUCUGGGAACGCUAUGCUCACCGGCCAGUUCAACAGAGCCACCGUUGAAAAGAUUCGGGAAGAGGUCUAUCCCGCGUUCAGCGAACUCUUCAUUCCCUCUCAAGGACUCUUUGUCCGGCUCGAAUUUUCGUCUCCAAAGGACGCAACACCCCAAAACAUGAUCCUUUCACCCAUGGAUGUCUGCUUACGCCUUGCUACCUCUCAGACGGCAAUGAGCGAAAUGAGAAAGACUCUCUUGUCUGGUUCUCUCAAUGUGAAACUCAUCUUCUUUCCUUUCAAUCCUCGCAUCCGUGGCGAUCGCCAAUACCGCGUCUACUGCCAACCUGACACGGGAAGAGUCACUGCCAUCAGUCAGCAGGAAUGGCAUAAGAAGUGGCGGUUCAGCACACUUUCUCGGGAGGAACAAAACGCUGUCGUGGAGGAGAUCUGGAUGGGCAUUUGGAAGAUUCACCAGAACAUCACCGGUCGUUUGGACAUCAAGACAGAGAUGGACGCGCUCAUGUUGAAGCAAGGGUUCACGUUCGAUGUUUACUACGACGAAGAACUCCGAAAAGUCAUGCUCAUUGACCUUGGUGUCUUUGGGGCCAAUGGCAGCUGUGGAUCCUGCUUGUUCGAGUGGGUGCAUGAUUUUGGUCUUCUCUACGGAAUGCGUCAGUCGGUUGAGUUCCGAGCAACUUAUUGA